CUUUCCACUGAAGUGCUCUCUUUUAUAUGACUACCCAGGGCCAAGAUUUAAGAGAGAUGUUGAUUUGAAUCCUCACUAUGAAGUAUAAGAAAAUGGAAGGCUCUGAAGAAAUCUUGCCCAUGGACAUGGAUUAUAAACAGUCUCAAUUUCGGAAAGAUGGCCCCUGUGGCAGACGGAUGGAUGUCCUUGUGCUUCUGGGAACGGUUGCCAUAGUGAUUUCCAUGACUAUGAUAUUCGUCAUCUACUGCAGCCAAGAAAGAAAGUUCUCCGCUCUUCACAGCUGGAUGGAGAGUCUCAACUCAACCACCAUUCCGGACCAUCAUAUCACAGGUGACCUGGUUAAGAAGUUUACUGAGGUGCAGCAUUCAGUGUCCAGUCUGAAUUUAUAUUUGAACAAAUCCAGUGAUCCAGUGACCAAUGGAAUUUCUGAAAAGAGGUUGUCUGAUCUUGAGAUUUUCAUGAGCAGUCUUGGCUUGACAUUGAGUUCCCUGACAUCCAAACAAGAUGAAAACCUGAAAAGACUCGAGCAGCGACAAGACGUCAAUAACGCCGAGAUGAAGAACCUGCUGCUCAGUUUAAAUUCUUCAUUAUCAGCACUGACCUCCAAACUAAAUGAUGCAGUUAACAACCAGGAACAGAAGAUGGCACAAACACAACAAUUGUUGGACAGUUUAAAGACAUCAGUCACAAAUCAACAAAAUAAACAAUGUGACUGUGACUCGCUGUCAAGCUCACUGAGAGAUGUUCAGAGUUCAAUGUCCAAUCUGACUUCAUCUAUCGUGUCUCUUUCAUCUAAACAACAGAUCACUGAAGAGAGACUCAUAAGCAGUCUGAAUGAACUGAAAGCCCAGAUUAACACCAAAUUAUCAUCAGACAAACCUGUAUCUAACUGUAAAUCUGGCUGGAUCCCGUAUGAUAGCAGCUGUUAUCUGUUCUCCCGUAAUGCACUGAACUGGACGAAUGCGAGAGAUUACUGUAAAGAACAGGGAGCAUCACUGCUGAAAAUUGACGGGAGCGACGGCGAAUGGGCAUUUGUGAGACAAUUGGCCAUGUCAAGCUAUUACUGGAUUGGUCUGACAGAUCAGACCACAGGGCAGUGGAGAUGGUCCGACGACACUCCUUACACCAUGGAUAAAAAACACUGGGAUGAAGGACAGCCGGAUGACUGGAAAGAACACGGACUGGGAGAGGAGGGAGAAGAUUGUGCUGCUAUAAAGCCUAAUGGGCUGUUAAAUGAUGCUCACUGCUCUGAAAGCGUUCAUUUUAUUUGCAAAGUGAAAAUCUAAACCUGAAAGUAAUGACAUGUUAUCUUAUUCCUUCUGUUCUGUUCUGUUUCCUGCUAUGUAAGAUUGGCCUAAAUUAAGUUUUGUUCACGUACAGGUUUAACAAUAUGAUCUUCCAUGACAAUCAGUGAUGUAGUGCACAUCUGUGAGUCCCCCGCAAAGCACGAUAUGGGGCCCCUCCCAUUACAUAAUUCAUUUAACGGUAUAAAGACCUAUUUAUCUUUUUAUUAAUGCAUUUAAUGUCAUUAUUAUUAACAUUAUACAGGUCAAAUAUGUAUUUGUUAUAACUUUUAGCAUUUCUUAUAAGCUUCAUGUUAUAUUUUAUUUAAAAGAGCAAUAAAUGUUUGGUGAUGUCUAUGUUAAAACCCUUGUCUAUACUGUAGCAUGGCUACAAAGUGUAUAAAAAAAAUGUAACAAGCAAAGGAGAAAAAAAAUGAGAAAAUAAAUUUCAAAAAUGCAAUGCACAUAUGAUGGUUACAGCCCAAAUAAAGGAAAAAUUCAGUCUCUGUCUGUCUGAGACUAACGUAAUAGGGAUUAUUUUUGAAGAUUAAUUUAGAAGGAAAUUACAGACAUAUUUAUGGCCUAUAGCCUGAAAUUUUUUUUUUUUAAUUACCUUUCUCAGCCAAUAACACAAAGUAUGUAUGCUACAUCUUGAGAACUUUCUAUAAAUAUAAUUUGACAACUAACCCUUUUUUUGUCCAGGGCACUUUGACACUUCAUUCAGUCCACAGAAUCUGCGUUUUAGUUGUCCUGUACACGUAUGAAUUGUUGGACAGAAAAUGAAAACCCUAAAAUUCUUGGGAUUUUUCAGACUUUAAUGAUAUAGUUCAUCAAUAGUUCAUCAUUAAAGGCGGGGUGCAUGAUCUUUGAAAGCCUAGUCUAGAAGUAUUCAGAUUUAGAGGUUGUUAUACUGUAUGUUAAUAGGACUCAAAACGAGGUGAUAUGAGUGCGUGUUAUAUCUGUUUUAUUCAUAUUGAAAGAUAGAGGGCAUCCUCGCACUGUACAGUAGGCCUAAUGCUUUUCCAGACAACUUCCCUAAUGAAAAAAAACAGCAUAGACCAGCAUCAUUCCCAUGCCGGUUUGGUGCUAGUUUAGUUGGCAUGCUGUAUUGUAUUUAUGCAUGGGCCGGUUACCGGUUUCAAAGUAUACCGAGACUUUAAAGAGUCAAGGUUUCAAAACCACUAAAACUGUCUGUGAUACCGUUUCCAAGGUGUGAGGUAUAGACGGUUUCAUUGGAAGCACGUGAUACACAUCUGGAUCCGAUUUUUUAAUGGUCUGACUAGUUGCUAAACUGAUCUCUUGAACAAAUGCCUCAUCGAAAAUAACAAAUGUUUUGGUUUCCUAGGUAAACUAUGUGGUUUUUAUUUUGCUUGUUAUAUAAAUAAACUACGUUUAAAGAACUUUGUUGUUAUUUAUUCUUAGUGGAGUUUACCAGAAGUUACGUGCAGCUGCUUGUUUAUCUUGUUACUGCUGAAACGGUCUAUACACAAAAUUAAUUAAAUCAUCAUGGGGCGGUUUUCUGGACAGCGAUUAGACUAGUCCUAGACUAAAAUAAAUGUAAGAGCUGUCCAAACUGAAAACAACUUGCACUGACAUAUCUUAAAAUACAGGAGUGCCCUUUGUUUUGCCUCAAUAUGCACACACGUAAUGUUUUUAGUAAGGCAUGUUUGUUAAAACUAGUUAUAUUUCCUAAUUAAACUAAAGCCUAGUCCUGUCUUAAAAUAAUCCCUGUCCAGGAAACCACCCCUAUGUCAUGUAAUUCAUUUGAAAGAAUAAUUAUAAUUUAAAGGCUUUAUUUUAACCUGGCAUAAAUGCUUUAUUUUGCGUAAAGGGGACAUAUCAUGAAAAUCUG